AUGCCGCCAGCAUAUUCAACGGAAGAAUUGUUAAACUGCUUUACUCAGGUUCCCUCCUUGGAGUCAUUUCAAUUUACUCCUGCUUUGGUUGAGGCUGCCUUAUCUGAUCCAUCAUGCUCAUCCGUUGGCACUGUUCUGGUACUGUACACUGGUGGCACUAUCGGAAUGCGCUCCCAUGGGGGUGUCUAUGAACCGGAACCAAAUUUCCUCGUCAACAAGGUUAUGUCAAUGUCUAUGUUUCAGGAUAUGUCGUUCGCCGAAAGGAAUCAAAUCCAUGUUAAAUAUCACAAAUCUAAAAGAGCUGGAAGUAAGCAAACUCGCUUUGACCAGGACGGUGAUGAUAACCCUCAAUGGCCAGUGAUAUGUAUGCCACCUACAACUGACAACCGUCGCAUAUUCUUCACUAUUGCCGAAUAUGCAAAUCUCCUUGAUUCCUCGAAUUGCACAAUGGACAACUGGAUUCAAGUAGCCAAGCAUAUUCAGCUAUUUUACGACAAAUUUGACGGCUUUGUCGUCCUUCAUGGAACAGAUACUCUGGCCUACGCUGCCUCUUUCCUUUCAUUCAUUCUCGAAGGCCUUCGCAAACCAGUGGUGGUGACAGGGUCGCAGAUCCCCAUCGGUGAAUUACGCAGCGAUGGAAGGGAAAAUUUAUUAGGUUCGCUUUUGGUCGCAGGUGGCGAGCAACUUAUUUCAGAAGUUGCAGUUUUCUUUAAUAACGGGCUAUUUCGUGGGAACCGAGUUGUGAAAUGUUCAGCAACUGACUUAGACGCUUUUACCUCACCGAACUACCCACCCCUGGCCGAAAUGAGUGUUGACUUCAGCCUUCAUCUGGCGAACAUCCUUCGUCCCUUGGGCGAGGGCAAAGGCCUCGUGGUUAGCGACUCGCUUUGCCGAAAUGUCGUCAUGCUGCGCAUCUUCCCCUCAAUCACAACCGAAACAGUAAAGGCAUUUUUCCAGCCACCUGUCGAGGGCGUGAUUUUGCAAACUUACGGUGCAGGAAACGUCCCUGCAAAACGUUUGGACCUCCUGGAUAUUUUCAAGGAAGCAACAGAGAAACAUGGGAUUAUUAUUUUGAAUAUAACGCAAUGUUGGCGUGGAUCCAUUCAAGCUAAAUACUCCACCGGUGCAGUCUUACAGAAAGUUGGAGUAAUUCCGGGCUAUGAUAUGACGCCAGAAGCAGCCCUGGCUAAGUUGGCCUACGUCCUGGGACGAUGGAAGGACAUACCGACCAGGCGUCGCAUUCUAACAUAUGACCUUCGUGGAGAAGUAACCCUACCCACAGCGCUGACACCGGACACCACUGAAGAGGCGCCCGCAUUCAGUCUCCAGGGCGUCACGACUGGACAGGCUGGUAUAACACAAGUGGUGGGGCAUGUAGGCGCCAUUAUGUGUCGUGCAACUGAAAACGGUCCAGCCAAUGUCUGGGCUCAGCGCCUUUUCCCCUACCUCCUUUGUGGCGCCGCCGAGACCAAUGACUGCGAUAUGCUUGACCAAUUGUUUAGCAUUACACACACUUUCGAUAUCUGUGACCACGAGCAACGAAGGCCAUUGCACGUUGCCGCCGCCAGUGGCCAAAUGCAGGCCUGUGAGCUCAUGUUAACGAAUGGCGCAAGUCCCAAUGUGGUGGAUCGAUACGGCCGCACCCCUAUGAUCUACGCCAUAAGAAGUCCGAAGGGCACUCCUGAACUGGUCAAGCUGCUCAUGGAGCAUGGCGCCAAGCUCCCUCCAGUCGAAGUCAUUCAGGCUCAUGAGGCCAACGACGCAGCCAUGUUUGGCAAAGUGGGUCAGCUUAAACUGUUCAAACUGGCCGGGAUGUCGCUUCAGGAGCUAGACAUGGAAGGCAGGGCUCCAUUGCAUGUGGCUGUUAGUCAUAGGCAGGUGGAUACCGUCCGCUACCUCAUCUCUCGGGCAGAAGAUGGCGGAGCUGGAAUCAAUCCAAUGCAAAAGACGUCGUACGGGUCAACCGCCUACGAGGAGGCAUGUCAACGCAACCUCACCGAAAUAAUCUCAAUUCUCGAACCAUUUGCCACUCAAACCGCCCCCUAA